AUGGUGUACUGGCUUCAAAACGAGCCGUGGAAAACGCUCUAUACAUCUUACGCCUCUGCGAAGUACUACCUGAUCGAUGCACCUUUACGUACCAUCUUCUACGCGCCGUCCUUUCUCCGCCCUCGCCCUUCUUGGUCAUUCCAGAAGUGUAUGAUCGUCCCACAGGCCAAGCAGUGGAGUGCGUUCGGGGACGUCGUAGAACAUGUGGGUAACAUCCGCACUUGGCCCACACACCGUGCUAUUCCAGACGAUGCAACCGUAGCGGGCGUGUGGGUCGAUCCUGCACCCGCACUCCUUACAGAGGAGCUUCUCUCUUGGGCGCGCGCCGGAUCCGUCGACCUCGUGCGCAUUCCCGGUUACUGGAUCACCACAGACGGCGCAGGCACGGACGCGCAUGCAGCUCCAGGGGAGAAGGUGAUCUACUACCUCCACGGGGGUGGCUACAUCUCCGAGUCUGCCCAUCCGUCCGAGUUCAUGUCCACCAUCCCGCGCGCCAUACUCCGGCGCUCCCUCGCCUCUCGCGCCUUCUCGGUCGAAUUCCGCUUGACCAACAUGAAUCCGCUCGUUCCGCCCGAGGAACGCAACCCCUUCCCAGCCGCGCUGCUCGACGCGCUCGCAGGCUACGCGUACCUCGUGGACACGCUCGGCUUCCGCCCUGAAGAUAUCAUCGUGGUUGGCGACUCCGCAGGCGGGCAUCUCGCGCUCUCCCUUGCGCGGUACAUCGCCCAGAACACGGCGCACCUAAGGACCACCCUCGAGGCCUUCCGCCAGCGCGACAGCGCGGCACCGCCGGACUACCACCUGAUUCUACUCUCACCGUGGGCGGACAUGGGCAUGUCGCACUACUACCACGGUGGGUCGGAGCGUGAGUUCUACUAUGACUUCCUCGGGGACCCGCACGAGGGUCUGCUCGCGGAGGUGACGCGCGUGCUCACAGCACCGCUGGGUGCCGAUGCGGUCGAGCAUAACCCAUACCUGUCCCCCGCGUCGCGCAAUGUGCAGGCGUCGUUCUCGGGCUUCCCGCGCACGUUUAUUGCGGUGGGGGACGCGGAGCGGCUGUAUGACCAGGUGGUGACGCUGCGCGAUAAGAUCCGUGCGGAUAUCGGGGAGGAGAAAGUGGGGUGGUUCGUGGGUCGCGAUGCGGUGCAUGAUUAUCUGCUCUUCCCCUUCGAAGCCGAGCAGACGGCUGAGACGUUGAACGCGAUUGAGAAGUGGCUGAAGGAGUGA